CAUGGAGCAGUUGAGCGCAGCAAACACCCGCUUCGCCUUGGACCUGUUCUGCGCCCUGAACAAGAGCGAUCCUGCCGGCAACAUCUUCAUCUCCCCCUUCAGCAUUUCAUCAGCCCUGGCCAUGGUCCUUCUGGGGGCCAGAGGCAAUACCGCAGCGCAGAUGUCCAAGGCUCUCUAUUUCGAAGGGGGUGAGGAGAUCCAUUCAGGAUUUCAGAGUCUGAAUGCUGAUAUCAACAAACAUGGAAGUCCCUACAUUCUGAAAGUUGCUAACAGGUUAUAUGGAGAGAAAAGCUAUGAUUUCCUGCCUGAGUUCUUAGCUUCAACUAAGAAAAUGUACGGUGCUGAACUGGCCAGUGUGGAUUUUCUGCAGGCCGCCGAAGACACAAGGAAGACCAUAAACGAGUGGGUCAAAGGGCAGACGGGAGGGAAAAUUCCAGAGCUGUUGGAUUCAGGUGUGGUUGAAAGCAGGACUAAGCUGGUGCUGGUGAAUGCCAUCUAUUUCAAAGGAAACUGGCAGGAGAAAUUCAUGAAGGAGGCCACAAAAGAUGCAGCUUUCAGACUGAAUAAGAAAGACACAAAACUAGUGAAAAUGAUGUAUCAGAAGAAGAAAUUUCUGCUUGGCCACAUCAAGGACCUUAAGUGCCGGGUGCUGGAACUGCCCUACGACGGCGAGGACCUCAGCAUGGUCAUCCUGCUGCCGGAUGACAUCCAGGACGAGUCCACGGGGCUGAGCAAGAUUGAGCAACAGCUGACUUUCGAAAAGCUGCGUGAGUGGACCAGACCCGAGAAUCUGGAUCUCCUUGAGGUCCAUGUCCAGUUGCCCAGGUUUAAGCUGGAGGGGAGCUACGAGCUCAGCACUCUGCUGGCCUCCCUGGGUAUGCAGGAGCUCUUCAGUAGCGAGGCUGACCUGUCCGGCAUAUCAGGAGCCAGAGGCCUCUCUGUAUCGAAGGGGGUCCACAAGUCCUUCGUGGAGGUGAACGAGGAGGGCACAGAGGCGGCGGCUGCCACCUCGGUCGCCGUCAGCUACUGCAUGCUGUUGACAGAGGAGUAUUUCACCGCCGACCACCCAUUCAUUUUCUUCAUUCGGCACAAUCCCUCCACUAACAUCCUGUUCCUCGGCAGACUUUCCUCCCCGUAG